AUUUCGCGCAUGUGCAGUAACAUAGAUAGAAGAUCUCGAGGAAGGGAGGCCACUCUAAGCUUUCUAGCCGUAAAGUAUGUCAACAAAAGCAGGUCAAGAAGUUUUAUCUUCGUGAUUGACAAGUUUGCAAGAAUAACAUGAAAAACUUUCGCUUUAUAAUUAAGUACAGUCCCCUUUCCAAGUUUAAACCACUCAGAAAUUUGGAUGACAGCGCUGCUAUCUUGGGAAAAAGAUUUUCAAGUACCUCCUCUACAGAUAAACUACAAUGGAGCUACACCCAGGGACCAGGGGACGUCCCUCUACUGGGGGCUACUAUUGGUCAACUUCUACAACAGCGGACCGAGAUGCAUCCUGACAAAACAGCUGUGGUGUUCAGUGGCUCCGGGGACAGGUUAUCCUUCUCUGAGCUGUUAGAACAGGCUGAUCAGCUGGCAGCAGGUUUGCUGAGUCUGGGCGUGAAGAAGGGAGACAGAGUGGGGAUCUGGGGACCAAACAUGGUGGAAUGGGUCGUAACACAGUACGCUACCGCCAGAGCUGGGAUCAUUCUGGUGAAUAUUAACCCACAGUACAGACCAGAAGAACUGGAAUUUACACUAAAUAAAGUUGGUUGUAAAGUUUUGAUAGCAGCAGAAGAUUUCAAAGGUCAAAGCUAUUAUGAGACACUGUUUUACUUGGUGCCAGAAUUAGCAGCUACCAAAGCUGGACAAAUACACAGUCAUUUGCUUCCACAUCUGAAACACAUUAUUAUGAUGGGAAAUAAUUCCUACAUAGGGACAAUCAAGUAUAAUGAGUUGAUGAAGGCAGGAACAAACAAAGAACGAACGGAAAUCCAGAAUUUACAGACUAAACAUCAGUUUGAUGAACCAAUCAACAUACAGUUUACAUCUGGAACAACAGGUAAUCCCAAGGGAGCCACAUUAUCACACCACAACAUCGUAAACAACAGUUAUUUUGUGGCUAAAAGACUUAACUAUGACAAAGAGGACACCCGGAUUUGUAUGCCAGUACCACUUUACCACUGUUUUGGAAUGGUAUUGGGCAGCCUUUGUAAUGUAACGGCAGGAUCUUCGUGUGUUUAUCCCUCGCAGACAUUUGACGCGGGUGCAACACUCAAAGCAGCUGCUGAGGAAAAAUGUACCUCUAUGUAUGGAGUCCCUACUAUGUUUAUAGACAUGCUCAAUCAUCAUGACUUUGACACCUUUGACCUUUCCUCUUUGUACACUGGGGUCAUGGCAGGGUCACCGUGUCCUAUAGAAACGUUACGACAGGUCAUUAGUCGGAUGAACAUGGACAGAGUCACAGUUUGUUAUGGACUUACUGAGACUAGUCCAGUCACCCAUCAAAGCCUACCGACAGAUGAACCAGAAAAACGAGUAACCACCGUGGGUCAACCCCAGAGUCAUGUAGAGUGUAAAGUGAUUGGAGAAAACGGUGACAUUUGUCCAGUGAACACACCGGGGGAGUUAUGUACCCGGGGAUACAACACGAUGCUUUAUUAUUGGGACGAACCAUCUAAAACACAAGAGGUCAUCGCCAUUGACCGAUGGUUCCAUACCGGGGAUAUAGCAGAAAUUGAUGAAAGCGGCUUCUGUAAAAUUGUGGGCAGAAUAAAGGAUUUAAUCAUCCGAGGUGGAGAAAAUGUUUAUCCAACUGAAAUAGAACAAACCAUCUAUAAACAUCUCAAAAUCAAAGACGUGCAGGUUGUAGGGGUCCCUGACGAGAGGUUGGGGGAGGAGAUUUGUGCCUGGAUACAAGUUAAAGAGAACCAAUCUGUUACUGAGGAGGAAAUAAAGUCUUACUGUAAAGAAAAGCUUGCGCGAUUCAAGGUUCCUAAGUACAUCGCCAUUGUUGACGAGUUUCCACUGACGGUAACAGGGAAAGUCCAAAAAUUCAAAAUCCGGGAGAUUGCCAUGGAGAAACUUAGACUUGAACACAUUAGACCACACUAAUAGUCUUAAGGUCAUUCGCAUCGUACAUGUACAUACAAUUUACAAUAUACCUUUUCCACUUAAAAUUUCCCGAAAUAUUCUAAAUUUAAAAUCAUUAUUCCAUAAUACCAUAACACCAUCAGAUGUUCUUAAACUAGAAAUUAGAUUAUAUUACUAGUAUUUUUGUAGAGAUAUCAAAUGAUGAAUAUACUUGUAAUUUUUAAAGAAAAAUUAACAAAACAGUAGCUUAACCAUCUAUUUCUUCAAAAUUUUAUUCAUAAAAGAUGUACAACAUUUCCCUGCGUCAAAAAGUUGCACAAAGGUCCUUCCGUUUUUGAACUCCUUAAUCAUACAGGAAUAGGAAAAAUAGUGUUCAAAAUUUCGUUGUGUACGUCCUUAAACUAGCACAGGCCGUAAAAUAGUUAUCAACCUGGUGAACAGAUAUUGUGUAACCCGGAGUACUUCAGUUGAAAAUUGUCAUCAUUUUAUAUGUCUUUUAUGAAUGUUAUAUUGGUUGUGAUAUUUAAUUCACUGGUAUGAUAGUUGUUACACUUUUUGAGAAAUUUUAGAAUUGUAAUUAAGAAAAUAUAAGCAUGCACACUUUAUAAGUAUAUGAUAUGUAUGGAUAUGCGUUUCAGAAGAGGUCAUCUCAAUUUAUGUAUGUAUGAGAAAAAGAAGAAAAUACAUGUAGUUGAUGAAAUAAAUGAAGGUUGUAUUAAA